UGAAAUGGGACUAGUGACGUGUCCUCUCCCAGGGGAUCCACUGUGAUUAAAACCCCCCGGAACAGCACGAUCAGCGCGCUUCCUUUAUGGCGUUCAUUUUGAUCCCGGCCGCCCACCGUACGUUUCCUCAUUGACUGGCCAACCACUAACAUGUGACUCGCCCACCCACUGUGCCAACAUGGCGGCGCCCAAGUCCUAAUUCGGGAAACGUGCACCUUGACUAAUUCGGUUUUCUGUGGCUACGAGAGCGGGCUUGGCAGGCAGAGGCGCCAGCGGAUGUCUCAUGCAAGGAUCGUCCAUGUGGCUAAGCCUCACUUUCCGCCGCGCCCGUGUGCUCUGUAGAGUCCAGUUUUUCGAGUGGCAGUCCCCAGGGCUGCCGAAUCCAGCAGCGAUGGAGAACGGCACCGGGCCCUACGGAGAAGAACGCCCACGUGAAGUCCAGGAGACGACAGUCACCGAGGGGGCUGCCAAAAUCGCCUUUCCCAGCGCCAACGAGGUCUUUUAUAACCCGGUGCAGGAAUUCAAUCGGGACCUGACAUGUGCUGUGAUCACCGAGUUUGCUCGCAUUCAGCUUGGGGCGAAAGGAAUCCAGAUCAAGGUGCCAGGAGAGAAGGACACGCAAAAAGUGGUUGUGGACUUGUCGGAGCAAGAGGAGGAAAAGGUUGAGCUGAAAGAGAGUGAAAACCGGGCCUCAGGAGACCAACCUCGCAUAGCGGCCGUCGGGGAGAUCUGUGAGGAAGGCCUGCAUGUGCUGGAAGGCCUGGCAGCUUCAGGCCUACGUUCCAUUCGAUUUGCCCUAGAGGUGCCUGGGCUCAGAUCUGUGGUUGCAAACGAUGCCUCCGCCCGGGCUGUGGAUCUCAUACGCCAGAAUGUCCAGCUCAAUGACGUGGCCCACCUGGUACAGCCGAGCCAAGCAGAUGCCCGGAUGCUGAUGUACCAGCACCAGAGGGUGUCGGAGAGGUUUGACGUCAUUGAUCUGGACCCCUAUGGCAGCCCAGCCCCCUUCCUGGAUGCAGCUGUGCAGGCUGUGAGUGAAGGAGGGUUGCUGUGUGUGACCUGCACGGACGUGGCGGUGUUGGCGGGAAACAGCGGGGAGACAUGCUACAGCAAGUACGGGGCCAUGGCCCUCAAGAGCCGGGCCUGCCACGAGAUGGCCCUGAGAAUCGUCCUGCACAGCCUGGACCUCCGAGCCAACUGCUACCAGCGCUUCGUGGUGCCGCUGCUCAGCAUCAGCGCUGACUUCUAUGUGCGUGUUUUUGUCCGUGUCUUCACCGGCCAGGCCAAGGUCAAGGCCUCAGCCAGCAAGCAGGCGCUGGUGUUCCAGUGUGUGGGCUGCGGGACCUUCCACCUUCAGCGCCUCGGCAAAGCGUCAGGAGUCCCCAGCGGCCGGGUCAAGUUCUCUGCAGCCUGUGGUCCCCCCGUGACCCCCGAGUGUGAACACUGUGGGCAGCGACACCAGCUUGGUGGUCCCGUGUGGGCAGAGCCCAUCCAUGACCUGGAUUUUGUGGGCCGUGUCCUGGAGGCUGUGAGCACUAACCCCGGCCGCUUCCACACCUCAGAGCGGAUCCGGGGGGUCCUGAGCGUCAUCACUGAGGAGCUCCCGGACGUGCCUCUGUACUACACCCUGGACCAGCUGAGCAGCACCAUCCACUGCAACACGCCAAGCCUCUUGCAGUUGCGGUCGGCCCUCCUCCACGCUGACUUCCGGGUCUCGCUCUCCCACGCCUGUAGGAACGCUGUGAAGACGGAUGCCCCUGCCUCCGCCCUCUGGGACAUCAUGCGUUGCUGGGUGAGGGAGAAGGAAUGUCCGGUGAAACGGGAGCGACUAUCAGAGACUAGUCCAGCGUACCGCAUUCUCAGUGUGGAGCCCAGGCUGCAGGCCAACUUCACCAUCCGGGAAGAUGCCAACCCCAGCUCCCGCCAGCGAGGACUCAAGCGCUUCCAGGCUAACCCAGAGGCCAACUGGGGUCCACGGCCUCGUGCCCGGCCGGGGGGCAAGGAGGCCGACGCAGCCAUGGAGGAGAGACGCAGGCUGCUUCAGAACAAGCGGAAGGAGCCGCCGGAAGAUGCGGCCCAGCGGGCUGCCCGGCUCAAGACGUUUCCUUGCAAGAGGUUUAAGGAGGGCACCUGUCAACGUGGGGACCAGUGCUGCUACUCCCACAGCCCCCCGACACCCAGGGUUUCUGCUGAUGCUGCCCCUGACUGUCCAGAGACCUCCAACCAGAGCCCCCCUGGACCUGGGGCUGCCGCUGGGCCAGGCAUAGACUGAACCAAUAAAGAGAUGUCACGUCACCUUCUCCCGA